AUGGUUGCGCUGUCAUCACCAUAUAGGCUGGACUCAUACACCAGUCCUGUCCUGUGCUCGACGCCAUCUUUGCAAUGUCUUCUACUCAGCAAACAGGCCACCAGUUUCCGGUCCCACCGGUCCCCCGGUUCUCUGGACUCACUUUCCUCUAACACCACCAGCACCACCUCCAGCACCAACGACUCGCUGGAAGAGUUUUCUUCUGCUGACGAGUGGCAAGUGGACUCAGACACGGAGUACGACAUGAACAGCUUCAUCUCGCUCAAGUCUUGCUGUGUGCGCAGCGAGUGUCACGAGCAUCCACUGGAGGGAGACGUUGAUAUGGAGAAUUUCAAAAACACUGCUAGACAGCCCGUUCUGCCUCCACAGCCUUCCAAAGCCACCAGACUGCUCAGAGCAAUAAAAAGUUUCAGGAGUUUGCCUAGCAAUUCGGGGCUGCUCCACUUUAACGAGCGAAUGACCGACGACAUAAUACCUAGAGCCAAAACCCCAGAGCCAGUGGCGAUCCCGCUGCAGACUUUCAGUAUCGAAUCGCGCUUGAUGAAAACACAAAAGUCCUAUACCCCUGCCGCGCCAACUCGUGCGCGCGAGCCCCGGAUCAACUCUAAUUUCCUCAGAGUCUACGCCUUGGACUACUGCUGCAAGAAUGCUGGACAUCUGCAGCUUUCCGACUACGAAAUCGAUCUCUACUACCAAGAGUACUACGAGUCUGGCAUGGAAUCCUUCGACGAAUACCUCGACGAGGCAGGAUACGAGAUGAGCCCUGUGCUGCGCCAGCAGCUCAAGCUGGGCGUGCUCGCCAGAGAAAAGCUGUGGAACAGCGUCAUCCUGCCUCCACGCAACGACCCGAUCUGCCAUGUGCGUGAAAAGUACGUCUCGUGCGACAAACGAGCAAACGCCUUAGUGCGCACGUCUGGCAAGUUUGUGCCGUGGCUCAACUUGCAAGACUUCGACUCGAACAACAAAAAAUGUGUGCGUCCAAACGGCCACACUGCCAAUCUGACCCAGUUCACCGUCAAGGGAUGGUGCAACGAGAGAUGGCUCGCUAAGACCGCCUAA